AUGUCAGAUCAUUUGGUAAACAAACACUCAUCAUCACAGCGAAAUCAAAAGAAUUUACCAACCCCUUCUCCAUUUUUAUCAACAGACACAACUUAUCAAAGGCUUCAAAACAUAUUAGAUUCGUUAUCCUCGGGCAUUGACUCCUUAGUCACGGGUUUUUGCUCGGUCUGUCUUCAAUUCAUCGACGAUUUCCAAAAAACACAACAUAAACAUGAAGAACCAUUCAUACUGACCGAAGAAGAUUUGUUUGAUAGCGGAUCUUCGAAUCCAUUAUUUCUUGGGGAUUACAGUUAUGACGACAUUGACGAGAAUUUACAAAAAUAUCAAAUAAAGAGGGGCCUAUCUGAGCGAGGGUACAACAAUAUCGUAAUAGACAUGGAUACUACAGAUUAUUGGGUUCACAAAUUGUGCAUAAGCGACAAGAGUUUGUCGUUGGGAGAUAAUAAGAAAAAUCCAAAUGUUAUUGUUGAUAGCAGAGACUACACGAACAGUGAGAAUGAGAAUAUAUUACUUUCUUUACCGCAGAAUGAUCAAUUCCUAAUUGAUUUGUUUAUAAGAAAGAAAGAAUUCUCAUUUUCUGAUUUUAAGUCUUAUCAAUUAAUGAGAAGAAUUGAAACUUAUUAUGAGAACAAAAUCAACGGUGGAAAUAAUGAAACUAGUUAUAGUAACAAUCAGAUAAAAAGAAUUCAUUAUAUUGACGGGGAAGGAGCGACGCAGGUUUACAUGUUUUUUGAGAAAGAGCUAACAGGAACAUACUUAUUGUCAUCAAUCGAAUGGAUUUGUAUGCAAGAUCCACGAAGAAAUUUUUCGAAAGAUCAUCCCCAAUUUCCAGGACAAAAUUAUCCUGGACUGCGUGUCGGCAGGAGAGUUGGAAAUAUGCUGAUUGAAUUAGAAGCGUCGAAAGGAAGAGAUGGUCUCAGCAAUGCUCCUGAAUACUUUCACAACGCCUUCAUGUAUCACACGCAAAACUUUCGAUUCUUGAAUCCUGCUUAUCAGGCUUAUUUUGAUUGUCUAUGUGAUUCUCUAUCCGAAGAUUUAAAAAUUCACGGAUUAUCAGCAGUUUCGUGGGCAUUCCAGAAUGGUCACGUGAAAAACACUAAUGGGGAUAUCGAAGUGUGGAAUCCAGAAGAUCAAAUUUAUCCGACCUCAUCAAAACUGCAGUUAUAUUUUUCUUCCAGCGGUUAUCAAUGCAUAUACAAAGCUUUCCGUAAACGUGGAUAUCACGUGUCAAUAGAUUGGAGUGAUGCAAAGGAAAUAUGGAAAUACAGUCUGAAAGAUUUUUCAACUAGUAAUGCUAAAUAUUCUUUAACCUCCUCCUUAUGA